AUGGACAAGGGCCUCACGGUGAAACUGUUUGUGGGCAACCUGUCGUUGGACGCCACCCAGGAGGAGUUAUCGUCCAUCUUUGAGCCUUUCGGUCAUGUGGUCAGCUGCAGCGUGCUGCGACAGUUCGCCUUCGUGCACAUACAGGGCGAGGGGGCCGCCGAGCGCGCCAUCCGCGAGCUCAAUGGGCGCGAGUUCCACGGACGCAACCUGGUGGUGGAGGAGUCCCGGGGGCGGCCUCUGCACUCCACCAAAGUAUUUGUCGGGAACCUGAGCGGCAUGUGCACCACCGAGGACCUUCAGCAGCUAUUUCAGACCUUUGGGAAAGUUCUGGAAUGCGACAAAGUCAAAGGUUACGCCUUCGUGCACAUGGAGAACAAGGAAGACGCACUCCAGGCCAUCGAGGCGCUUCAUGGCACCUCCUUCAAGGGGCGGCCGCUUUCUGUAGAGCUCUCCAAAGUUCAACCCAGCAAGCAGGCACCCACCGGGAAGAUACCGUGCGUCAACUGCGGAAAGCAAGGCCACUACGCCGGCGAGUGUCCUGUGGGGAAACCCACUUUGGAGCAGUAUCAGAGCCAAGCUGCUGUCUUGGCGGCCGCGGCAGCCGCUGCCGCCGGCCUGCCCCUGCAAGUCCAGCAGAGUGUGCACAACUCCGUGUACAACACUUCAACGUUUGACCCCACGUACGCCGCCCUCACUGGCAUCACCACGGGCACGCGCACCGACGGCAACCCCGUCAACCCGGCAGUCUACGGCGCCCUCGCUAGCCAAGUGUACGGCGCCAACGUGGCCAAUCAGCUCUAUGGAUCUGUGGCCAACCAGGCGGCGCUAACAUCAGGAACCGCUCAAGUUUACAGCUCGGUCACCACCAACCUGUACGGGCAGGUGGCGGCCAAUCCCGCCGCGGCGUCUGCUUACACCACACCCGUUUAUACACCCGCCAUGGCCAACCCCAUCUACCUGACCGCCACCCCCGGUUUAGAUAUGCAGUCGGCCGCUGCCGCCGCAGCGGUCAACUCCUCCUACGCGGUGGCCCCGGCAAUCUCCCCCGCUUACGCUCACAUUACCGCCAUGGGUGCCGCCGACCCCGCCACCGCCAUCUUUGAAGCUGCCAGACAGGCUCACUAUUUUGCUCAAGGUCAGCAGGUGGUGGCCGAGCAGCAGCAGACGGCGGCCGCGACUGCCAAGUCUGGCGAACGGGACCGCAGCCCGCUCCGAAGGACUGCCCCACUCCUGCCGGACCCCAUCAUGAAGCCCUUUAUUUACCAGCGGGCCAAACCGCGGCGCUCCCUGCUCCCAACGCCUGCCGGCCGCGCCGCAGAGGAGGCGGCGUCGGAGGCGGCUGAGGACCACGUGGCAAGAUACUAUGCUGACUACUACCAGCAGCUGCAGCAGUACCCUCACUUCCAGUACGCCUACCCCUCCCCCGGGGCCAUGUCCGCCAUCCCCGGCAUGCAGGCGGUGCCCGCCAUGUCCGCCCAGCCCGUUGCCGCGCUGGACUCCCUCAGGCCAGUGGUACCCGCCGCGGCCGUGGCAGCAGCCAUCGCUGCGCCCAGGGUGUAUGAGCCGCCGUUGCCGCCGACCACACGCAAGGAGUCCAUCCUCCGCCGCCCCGAACUUUCCCUUCACACGCCUGAGCCCCCCUUUCGAUAG